GACAUUUUUUCCCAAGCAGCCGUGAGUGUACUCAGAUAUUGCUUCUCUGCUGUCUUGAUUCUCAGUGUUUCCCUUCUAUUUGUUUUCUAUGCCAUUAAUAUACAUGCACAAAAGUCUCUCAGGAGGCUCAGGUUCUCAGUGAGUUCAAGUUUAGUAGAAGACUGUAAAGCACUCAUUGAAGAUUAGUCCUUUCUGAAGGAAAAUGCUUGGAAAACAUCCUUGGGAAAACACAAUUGCACUGAGUACAUCACACAGAAUCAUUAUAUCACUGGGGUGCUGUCAGCAGAGGAGGCGUCCUACCCCCUGGCCUACAUCAUUACUCUGCACAAGGAGUUUGAGACCUUUGAGCGGCUCUUCAGGGCAGUCUACAUGCCCCAAAAUGUCUACUGCAUCCACGUGGAUGGCAAGGCGCUGGCUGCUUUGCAGAGAGCUGUGAGGCGCCUGGUGGGCUGCUUCCCCAAUGCCUUCCUCACCUCCUGCACCGAGCGGGUGGUCUACGGUGUGCCCUGGCACUACCUGCUCAAAACCUGCGGGCAAGACUUCCCCUUGAAGACCAACAGGGAGAUCAUCCAGCACCUGAAAGCCUACAGGGGGAAGAACAUCACCUCCGGAGUCCUGCCAUCAGAACACAAGACCUUGCCUACCUGGUUUACAGUUCUAGAACCUAGAUUGGCACUACAAAGACAGAUCCCCUCCAGCAUCAGUGAGCUGGUCACCCCCCAGGUGCUCAAGGCUCCUCCACCUCAUAACCUGACUCUCUACUUUGGUUCCGCGUACAUUGCGAUCACUCAGACCUUUGUAGAGUUUGUGCUGCAGGACCCGCAUGCCAUCGACUUGCUGGCGUGGUCUGAGGACACCUACAGCCCCGAUGAGCACUUCUGGGUGAUGCUCAACAGGAUCCCAGGUGUCCCUGGGUCCAUGCCCAAUGCGUCAUGGGAAGGUGUCCUGAAAGCAGUGAAGUGGAUUGACAAGGAAGACAUUAAUGGAGGUUGUCAUGGCCAUUAUGUCAGAGGAAUUUGUGUAUAUGGAACAGGUGACCUCAAGUGGCUUUUCAACUCCACCUGUAUGUUUGCAAAUAAGUUUGAGCUCAGAACAUACCCGCUGAUUGUGGAGUGCCUGGAGCUGAGACAUCGAAAGAGGACCUUGGCACAGAGUGAAGUUGAAGUGGAACCAAACUGGUAUUUCUAGCUAGUGAAAAUCCAGGAUGCAUCAACAAAAGUGGUCAGAAUUACAGCAAAAAUCGAAGUUCUGCUUUGCUGGAAGCACACAUUUAUCCAGCAGGUUUCUUUAGGAUGUGAGAUAGGUGCAGCUCAGGUAAGUAGAAAGGUAACAAGUCACAGUGAGCCAGACAUUAAAAACAGGAACACAAUUGGUGGCCAUACAUGCAGCUGCUGCUUAGUCAAAGAUAGAGGAAUUAAGUGCACCAGGGAAUUAAUGGAAAUAGAAGGAAGAUGUUAUGCUGCCUGGGUUUUAACUGUUCUUUAAACAUCUGUUGGUUCCAGGUUUGUAGGAGAACACAGCACUUCUUUGCUAUGUGAAUAGUUGUGAAUAGAACUGAUAGGCUUUCAGGCACAGGAGCUUUUCAUGAAAGAUAAGGGCUUACUUAUUUGUUUUACUUGGCCAACUAAUAGAGCUGGAAACUGACUGCCACGCAGACUUUUGGCCUGCCAGUGUCAUGUUUUGAUACGGAUUGGGCUUUUUUUCCAAGUUUACUUCUUUUUGAGUGGUUAACACAGACUUAACAUUGAGGCCUGUAUUUCUUUCCCGUUUACAGCCGCUAGAGGGAGGCUGUCAAAUAGCUGAUCUGAUUCUCCUCCCUAAGUCUAUUUAACCCUUCAGCAUACUAGGAAAGUUGCAGAGGGGUCAGUCACUGAGCAUCAAGUUAACUACCACCUUCAUUAAACCACUGUUAACUUCAAGCGUCCUUUAACGGCGUUACUGUUGUUCAGCAAAUAAACCCUUUAGUUCUCAUUGUGCGACUGUUCUUUGGGGCAUACCGCCUGCCUCAGCAGCUUCCU